AUGGCUCCCAAGUCGUCUAAUGCGAGCCCCUCCGCGUCAAGAGACCAGUCUGGCAGCGCGACUCCCUCCGCGCCAGGCCCUCCCGACUCUCUCACGCAAGGUUCCACGGCCACCACUGUCCCUUCAACCUCGUCUACCACACAGCCCUCAGUUUCCAAUUCGCGACCCAGCGCUUCCGAGACGAAUGCUGGAUCCGCAGCUGACGCCUCACAACCCAUGACCAAGUCCAUGUCGUCUGGCUCAGAUCCCUCUGCCAAAGACGCAGCCCAAGACACCGCCUCAGGGUAUGGUACACGGUCGCGCAACCGCAACGGUACCUCGCGCAUCAACUAUGCAGAGGAUAAGGAUGUGGACGUCGACAUGUUCGAUUACUACCCUGACAAGAAGGACGGUGAGCCGAAAAAGUCGCGUCUCUCCAUCCUGCCAGCGCAGCCAGCCACAGAAACAUCGAGGUCCAAUGGUUCGUCACGCAAAACCGCACCAAGCGACGACACCAAGUCGAGCGCUUCACAGCCUGCCACGGCCAAGGAUGCAACAUCGGCUUCACUUUCCACUGCGGCGACAACAACCCCCGGUUCAUCAAAUGGCGCCCAGCCUUCUAAGAAGCGCAAGGCGGCUGCACAGUCGUCGGGACCAGCUUCAGGAUCAGCUUCACAGGCGCCCUCCAUUUCAUCAGCAACGACUGUUGCAGGAGCUUCGAAGCGGCUCGCCGCGACAUCCUCAGACGGUGUGGCCCAAAGGGGCUUCUCUUACUCGAACAUGCUCACUUUCGCCAGCACGGAGGCAUUUCCCAAGGAUGGCGCCCUAGUGGCAGAUGACGGCACGGUCUUGAGGCAAAACGAUACCGUCUAUCUGGUCUGCGAACCAGCUGGUGAGCCUUACUAUCUGGGUCGCAUCAUGGAGUUCCUGCAUGCACAGAAUGACAAGUCCAAACCUGUCGAUGCGCUCAGACUCAAUUGGUUCUACCGGCAAAAAGACAUGGGGAAGCCCAAGGGCAACGACACGCGCCAUGUCUGGGCCACGAUGCAUUCUGACAUCAGCCCCUUGACCGCACUGCGCGGUAAAUGCACCAUCAAGCACAGAGCUGAAAUCUCCAGCUUGCAUGAGUAUAAGAAAACGCCCGACUCGUUCUGGUUCGAAAAGCUGUACGACCGCUACAUUCAGAAGAAUUACGACUUGAUCCCGACAGGCAAGAUCGUGAAUGUGCCUGAAAAAGUCAAAAAAGUACUCGACGAGUGCUGGAAGUUCGUUAUUGUGGAGCAAGGUCGUGGCAAGGAGCUCACUAGCGCCGUCAAGUUGUGCAAGCGGUGCAUUGGGUACUGCGCCAGUAACGACUCGGUCGAUUGCGCUGUGUGCAAGCAGACGUAUCACAUGAACUGUGUGAGGCCACCACUGCUCAAGAAGCCGUCGCGAGGGUUCGCCUGGUCUUGUGCGGCCUGCAGUCGAGCACAGGAACGCAAGCUUGAGGCCCGCCACACGCCUAGCCACACGGACCCUCAUGGUGAUGCCGAGGAAGACGAAGUGUACGACGACGACGACGACGAGAUGCAAGGCGCCGAUACUGGUCGAACCAGCCCAGCGAAUGAUGACAGUCAUCCACAUGCCACCGAAGAGCAGAUCCAUCAGGCUAGCUUGUGGCCCUGGCGCUACCUGGGAAUCCACUGCAAGCCUGAAGACGCUCUCGACUUUGAUGAUCGUAUCUAUCCUCGCGCCAGCACACGCAUCGGGCCUAGGCACCAGGCGGCGGUACUGCCCUGGCCUGGGCAACCCGUCCAGUACAUGAAGCCUCUAGAGGUGAAGAAGAGCGGAAAGAAAGACUCCAAAAUGACGAAGGAGGCAUUCGCAAACUACGAAGCAGAAAAGGCCCGCCGAGAGAAGCUGCCGAAAUGGUUCCAGGACGAGCCAGCCGGCUACGUAGCCCGAGGCGGGGAUCCCGACGACAGCGACAAGAAUUCAACCGCGACGCUACUCUUUGCGCCCCCUUCCGCUAAUGGGGACGAUGAGUUAGCUGAUGCCGAAAUGGACAAGUACAUGGCCAAGGCAGAAAAAAUGGCACCGCGAUUACCCACUCGUGCUGUGACUACCAACAUGCUUGAUAUUGCCUCACAGGCAUACUUCCGCAAUUCCUACUCAGAGGAAGCGGCCCUCAAGGAUCUUGCGGUCACAGAAAAGAAGGCUUACAAAGAGCCGGAGCUUACUGCCGCCGAGCAGCGCAAGUUCGAAGAGGCUGUGGGCAAGUACGGCUCUGAAUUGCAGGCUGUCACGCGACACGUCAAGUCUGUACCGUAUGGCAUGAUUGUCCGGCACUAUUAUGUUUGGAAGAAGACGAAGGCCGGCAAACAAAUCUGGGGCAACUUCCAGAACCGUGCUGCGAAGAAGGAGCUCAAGAGGGCAGAAGCCGCGGCAACGAAGCUGCAAGAUGAUAUUGCUGAUGAUGCUGAUGACUCCGCAUACGAUGUCGAGAAGGCUGACGCGCAAAGGAAGUCGUUCGUGUGUAAAUUUUGCCACACCAAGAACUCGCGACAAUGGCGAAGGGCCCCGAUGGUUUCCACUGGUGCGGUUGAUAGCGGCGCCAAAACAAACCAGAAAGACAAAGGUGCUCAGGCGGUGCAGGCGCUUUGCCGUCGUUGUGCUGAGUUGUGGCGUCGCUACGCCAUUCAAUGGGAAGACCUGGAGGAAGUCGCCAGAAAGGUCACGCAGGCUGGUGGUAAGGCUUGGAAGAAGAAGCAAGAUGAGGAGUUCCUCAAGGAGCUGAUGUCUGCCAACGAUUCCCUUUUCCCGCACGUUUCGCCCGAGCCAGUCAGCACUCCGACCUCAGGCUUGACGGCCAGUAACGGCACAAGCACUGGUGAACCACCGCGGAAGAAGCUCAAGGGCAUGCCCGAGAAAGAUAUCGACCCAGCUGCCUCGGACUCUAGCGCGACACAUCCACCUCCGAAGAGGAGGGAGAAACUUGUGGCCGACAAACCUGCUCCGCCUGCUCCACCCCCUGUGCCUGAAAUCCCGAAGGCGAGGGUCAUGCCCUGCGCCAUCUGCGAUCAGAUGGAGCCCCUUGGAGACCAACAUUUGUCCUGCAAGGAGUGUCGCAUGACUGUACACCGCAACUGCUAUGGAGUCACGGACAACCGCAUCACAGGCAAAUGGACUUGCGACAUGUGCACCAAUGACAAGAACCCGCAAGUCUCAACCCAAUACAAGUGCGUGCUUUGUCCUGUGGACGUCAGAGAGCACGAUUUUGUUGGCCCCCCCAAGGCUGUUCCGACACACAAGAAGAAGACGGAAAAAGAAAAGGAGCGAGAACGCAUCGAACGAGAACAGGCCCAGAAAACUGCAGACUACUAUCGCAAGAAACAGGAAGAGACACAUCGACCUGUAAACCCCAGAGAGCCGCUGAAGCGUACAUUCGACAACAACUGGGUCCAUGUCACCUGCGCUGUCUGGACUCCUGAGAUCAAGUUUGGCAAGGCUAAAGCGCUGGGCCCGGCAGAAGGCAUUUCGUCUAUUCCAAGAGGACGCUACAGUGAGGUUUGCCACGUGUGCAACACUCAAACUGGUGCUUGUGUCUCUUGCCAUCUUUGCAAAGCCUCAGUACAUGUCGAAUGUGCGCGACUCGAAGGCUACCUCCUCGGCUUUGAUAUCAGCCCUGUCAAGGGAUCUCGGCGUGAUCAGCACAACAUUGUCACAAUCAACGGUGAAAGCGGUGCCAUGUCAGCUACCAUCUGGUGUCCGGAACACGUUCCCAGCAAGACUAUCGUUCACCGCAUGCAUGACGUCGUCAAUGACGCGGCCAGAACGCGCUCCAGCUCUACGUACAAACUGCAAGCAGGCCGAUCUCACCCUAACCGGCACUGUCCGCAAAGCAAUUUUAUUACGAGCGCUGCCAAAGCAGGCGUUGCAUCACCUCUCGCACAGCGCCGGGGCUCAACGACUGCCCCUGCGCCAAACGGCAUACAUCUGUUUGACGACCAACCACCAGUUAAGAAGAGUGGGGAGAAGGUCUGCAUCACUUGUGGUGUCGAUGUGAGUCCCAAAUGGUGGCCUAUCGAAAGCUCGGACGAAAGAGAGCUGGCCAACGGGCACUUUGGCACACUUGGCGCAGAAGCGCAGAAAUUCAUUGAUCAAAGAAAGUCUCAAUGUCACAAGUGUCGUAAGGCGCGGCGAAAACCAAACGCUCACCCUCCAAAGGACCGCACACCGCCUGGCGAUCUCGGUCAGCGCUUCCCUCCGACUUUGCCUCUGGGACCUGCACAACUCGCGGCGCCACUCGUGAGGAGCCCGCCGCUGCCGCUGGCAGAGCCGAGGAGACAGAGCCUGACAUCCUAUCAGUGGGCCGGGCCAGGACCUGCCCCCGCCACAGCAUCCCAACAUGGGUCGCCGACAGCGCCACCACCUGUUACACCAACAGCGCUGCCUGUGCAAGUUGUUACGGUCCCGCCUCAUCAGAACCAUUCCGGACCUGCGAUGCCAUAUGGGCCUCCAGGGCCGAGAUAUCCGGAUUGGCACGGCAGACCGCCGGUACAGCAUGCGUCGCCUCCUCGACAGAUCAACGGAGGACCCCCGAGCCUCCAGCCCUCUGCGCUUGGCAAUUUGUCAUCAUUGCGACCUCCGCCCGAUGGCCAUCCCCCCCAGGACCGCCCAUCCCAACUCCAGCCACGAAUGGACACCACGUGCAGCCGCUGCAUAACGGUCUCCCGCCCUCCCCCAGACGCGUCGAGGGCCAUCCUGCGCUGCCUCACGCUCCAUACAUGCACACUUUUCACCAUGGGCACCCAGGGCACUCAGCGCCCAGUGGAGGACCGGUUCCACCCCGUGGUCCGGAGACUUUCUCGCAGAGCCUCAUCGGCCAGCGGUCGCCGUUUGUCAACCCACAUGGCAGCCCGCCAACAUCACGCGAUGGUCUUCUUGGCCGCGAUGUGCGCGAGGGACCGGGGCCGCUGA